AUGUCGGAUAGAUAUGGAGAUCAGCCGCGAUGGGCGGCACCUCCUAGUCAUUGGACACGCAUUGGAUCGCAACCAAUGGGCGAAUACUACCCGACGCCACCCCAAACACCCGGUGCCGCUAACCUAAUGGACGCCUCUAUCGAUGAACUGCCGGCAAUAUUAAGCCCACAGACAACUACCGGUAAAUACAGUUCACCCCUGGCCAGAGGCUACCAUCGUUUACCCCCGAUCAGUGAAUCAUCAUCGAGCGCACUACCACCGCGUGAUUGUAAACAACGUGGUUGGUUUGGCAGGCGAUUAGGUGGCGCACCCGUAGGCCAUACCGUUCGGCGCUUGUUUGCCAAAAACAGCGAUAAAACCGGUGAACAAUUCGCACCGCUAUUAGCGCCCGAACCGGUAAUACAGACGCCAAUACAGGAUACUGUCGACGACUCCCCGGACUCGCCGUACGCGCCCACCGGACACACACCGCCGGUACAAAUAAGUCAGGAGCCGCUGCGGCGACUGCAGGCCCGCUACGAGAAAGCACCCGUCGGUUACGGACCGGACGGUCCGGAUAUGACGUCCGGUGCUCUCCAUCUCAGCAGCCGGGAGACGGCGGGCGGUUCGGUCGGUCGUUGGUUUGGCCGUCUGCUGCCCGGCGCUGAUCGACGCCGGCUUACGGGUAAGACCAAACGCGAUUUGCAACGGCUCCGGGAGUUGGGCUUUGAUAUCACCAUCAGUGAGGCGAUCGGUGAGGGUAACUAUGGCCGGGUGUUUAGAGGCGCCUAUAAUGCACAGAUUGUGAAGCUCAUAGGCACACAUCAGGGUAAAUAUUUGGGCAGUAGUGUUAAGCCUGGUCAAUUGUUUGCUGCCAAAUACGUUCAGCUCGCGGCCGACUGCGAGCCCCGUCAACAUCUCAUGUAUGCUCUCGAGCGGCGAAUCAUGAAAUGGUUGAGACAUCCAAACAUUGUCUCCUAUAGAGUGACCAUUAAUUUAGGCCAACGAGUGAUACUCCGUAGCGUAAGAUUAGGCCCUCCAGGCGCUCAUAUUGUCACCUAUAGGCGCAUGUUUUUGAUCAUGGACUUUGCCGACCAGGGUACAUUACGCCAGUUUGUGACCAAGGGCAAAUGCGACGAUGUGUUGGCCGUGAAGUUUGCCCUGGAGUUGUGCUCAGCCAUGGCUUAUAUGCACGACAAUGGGGUCGUACACCAGGACUGUCACGGAAACAAUAUAUUGGUGUUCAGCGCACCCGACGGUCAGUAUACCACCAAAUGGACUGACUUUGGUUUGGCCAUAUCGCGCCGGGUUUACGCCCAGUGGGGCAUUCAUGUAUCACGUGGUGAGAUGUACCACAUAUCUCGGUCUGAUUUAACACAAUUGCAUACCGUGUUAUCGUUUAUGGUAAACAAGUGCCAGAAAAACACAGGCACUGACCUGCGAGAGCUCCGGGCACUGAUCGACGAGUUGGAAGUGUCUACUGAAUCGUUAAGCAAACUGAUUGGUAAAUACGCUAUGUUUCAUACAUAA